AUGGUGGAUGCAGAAUUAGGUUACAAUGGUGAUAUAAAAGAUCCAGAUUACAAAUGUGAAAAUGAUGAUGAUGAUGAUGAUCCAGAUUACAAAUGUGACAAUGAUGAUGAUGAUGAUGAUCCAGAUUACAAAUGUGACAAUGAUGAUGAUGAUGAUGAUCCAGAUUACAAAUGUGGCAAUGAUGAUGAUGAUAAUCCAAAUUACAAAUGUGACAAUGAUGAUGAUGAUGAUCCAGAUUACAAAUGUGACAAUGAUGAUGAUGAUGAUGAUCCAGAUUACAAAUGUGAUGAUGAUGAUGAUGAUGAUAAUGAUCCAGAUUACAAAUGUGAUGAUGAUGAUGAUGAUGAUAAUGAUCCAGAUUACAAAUGUGAUGAUGAGGAGGAGGAGGAGGAGAAGGAGAUUAAGUCUUUUAGCCCUGAUGGUUAA